GUGGGAUUCAUGGUGGGGGUUGAGAAAACCACACCCAUGAGCUCUUCGAAAGCCUCAUAGCUAAAAGUCUCACAUUCCCAAUGGCCCAAUUGUCAGUCUGUGAUUCUCAAUGUAUUGAGUCAAUACUUUAAAUCAAAUUUCAAUGUCAAAGGUCAACACUAAACACAGGAUUAUUGGAAGUGGAUACGUGUAUGUUAUUCGUAGAAUACUGUGUUCGCUAAAGAAAAUCAUACACUUAGAAAUGGAGAAAUAUUGGAUUAGUUGGAUAUUUCUAUUUUGCAUGUUGGUACCUUCCAUGCAAGUAAUGAUUUCACCGUGUCAAGUCGAAACCAUUAUGACGCAACCUCACCAUGCCACUAGUCUUACAAAGAAACAUCUGGUCCAGAUUGUACAAAUACCCCCAGUUUUUAUUCAAAAAGUGAUGGUGAGUCGUUGCUCAAAUGCAACCCCUGAGGUACUCUCGAGUCCAGGGAACCAUUUUAUUUGCAAGCAGAGAUAUUCUGCAGUCGAAGUGUACGUUAUGGAGAACUCUGGAGGAAUAAGCGACAUAUUUGACCCAAAACCAACGUUGCAAUCCAUUAUGGAGAGAUUUAAAAAUGGGCAUUUUUUUCGGGAAUUUGUAGUGGUGGAAUCUGGUUGCGACUUUAGUUAUAAUCUCCUCCCACUAAUUGUGCAGAAAAAUAAGGAACAGUCUCGCCCCUCAAUCCACAAUAAUGAUGGUGGGCCACCCCACAGCUACCACUUCCUGAGAAGCCCAUAUCACACAACUAACCCCCAGUAUUCCUCAUUAACAUCUUCGCAGCAAGUGCAGAAUUUGGAAUUAGUAAAUUCGCACAACGUCAAUCCUUAUCAUCAAACUCAAGCAUCAUCAUCAUCAGUGUACCCGAUACUCACGACGCCAAAUCCGGCACCAGCUUACCCUCAGGGUGGGAACGCAAACAAUUGGAACGGUCAAGCCAGCAUUGGUCCACCCUCCUCUUACAACAAUGUCGCUCCUGAUUCCUCCCCCACAUCCUCGGUUUACUACCAACCAAGGGGAUCCUAUGGAGGAGGAGAGGAUUCUUCCGUCGUUCAAGGGAGAGGAAAAGGUCAAGUACCCCAAAAACCUGAGUCCUCCUCUCAGAAUCACCACUCCGAGAUCAAACAAUCGUACCACCAGAAUUCCGUCCCCAUCUCGUCGUCGUAUGAACCUGAGCCAGAGUUGUACAACCUUUCCGACAAGAUUGGCUUGCCGUUAUACAUAUUAUCUCCCCAAGUAGACCCCCUCCUCAGAAAUAUUGAGACAAUAUCUCCUCCACAACACCACUCCAACUAGUUUUAUUGCGCCCAGACCUGAAGCUCGGUGGGUUAAUUAGUCUCGUCGUAUAUUAUUGAUUAGUAGAUCAACUAAGUCAAAGUUAAAUCCUGCAUAUUACAAAAUGUGCAGAAAUAUGAAAAAUUGUUUUCUGAUAACUAGUAUAGUAUUUCUCUAAAGUUCAAAGGUUUACGAACUAAAAUUUUGUUUAUAACUUGAAAAUAAAAUAGUUACAUAUAGUUCAACAAA